AAUUUCCAGUAAGGAAGUCAAGCUGUCUAUUCAAACGAUCGCGUUGAUCUCGACAUGAUUUACUGUGACCACGUACGCGACAGGCGAUUAAAAUCGAUUGAUCGAUCUGCCGUUUAACCUUAGUGGAUAUUCUGCAUAUCCAUGUCUAGCAGACGCAACAAUCAUCCUGAAUAAGGAACCUGCCUUGAACUGACUUUCUAUCAGCUUACAUUAGUUGACUUCAGCGCAACAUGGAGAAAUAAGUUGUAAGGAAUAAGAAAACUUGACUCUGAAUCCCAAAUCCCAGCUGUUUGAUGUUGAUUCUGAAUCUCGGAUAUCUAUCAGGAAAGUGCUGCUGCUGAACUUCCUACUUCUGCCUCAGAGGCCAAAUGCACAUUUCAGCUAUCAAGGACUUUUGAUAAGUUGUUUUGGGAAUCAUGGCUGGAGAGGAUCCAUACCAUGCAGAGUACAUGGGACAAAUUGACCCAUUUAGAGACGACACGAUAUGGAUGACCAUGGACCCGACACCGUUUCCGGGCAUCCACAACAAUAAUGUUAUGAGGACAGUCGAUGGACCUUAUCUACGAAUCGUCGAACAACCAAAACAGAGGGGCUUCAGGUUCCGCUAUGGAUGUGAAGGCCCCUCCCACGGAGGACUCCCAGGGGCCUCCAGCGAGAAGAACAGGAAGUCUUACCCACAAGUGAAGAUCUGUAACUACCAGGGUGCAGCGCGAGUGGUAGUUCAGCUGGUGACCAACACUGUAAAGCCCCAUCUUCAUGCUCACAGCCUGGUGGGCAAACAGUGCGAUAAAGGAAUCUGCAUUGCCGACUUGCAGCCCAAAGAUUCAAGCAUCAGUUUUCCCAACUUGGGCAUUUUGCAUGUGACAAAGAAGAACGUAAGCAAAGUUUUGGAAGAGAGGAUGAUCGAGGCCUACAGGAUGGGGUAUAACUACGGCAUAUCUAUCCAUCCUGAGAUAGAUGCCCUACAAGGAGAGGUUCGCGUGUCCAGAGAACUCACAGAUGCUGAGAGGAGCCUGGUUAGCAGUGUGUCUAUUCCUCAGUCGAAGGAGAUGGAUCUGAGUGUGGUACGGCUCAUGUUCACAGCCUUCCUGCCGGACAGUGAUGGAGGGUUCUCCCGCCGACUGGAACCGGUCAUUUCAGACCCCAUCUUUGACAGCAAGGCCCCAAAUGCCUCCAAUCUGAAGAUAGUGCGUAUGGAUCGGACUGCUGGCUGUGUGACGGGAGGAGAGGAGGUCUAUCUGCUGUGUGACAAAGUCCAGAAAGAUGAUAUCCAGGUGCGGUUUUAUGAAGAGGAUGAGACAAGUCUAACCUGGGAGGCCUACGGGGAUUUCUCCCCCACCGAUGUCCACAGACAGUUUGCCAUCGUCUUCAAGACGCCUAAAUAUCGGGACCAGAACCUCCAGAAGCCCAUCUCUGUGUUUGUGCAGCUAAAAAGAAAGUCAGACAAUGAAACGAGCGAUCCCAAGCCUUUCACCUACCAUCCACAGAUUAUAGACAAAGAAGAAGUCCAGAGAAAGAGACAGAAGACUCUGCCAAACUUCCAGGACUACAGUGGAGCAGGAGGUGGAGCUGGGGGCAUGUUUAGAGGAGGAGGGGGUGGGUCAACAGCAGGGGGUGGUCCCAGUGGAGGAGGAGGAGGAGGACAUUACUUCCAGGGAUAUCAAACCUAUAACAAUUAUGGGUCUGGAUACAACUUCUCCUCAGGCAUUGGAGGAGGCGGGAACACCAUCAAGCAUGCGUAUCAAGAACCAGUGGAAGACAGUGAUGAGGACAGUGACAGUGAUACCGAUGAUGAUCCGACAGCAGGUGGGGCGGUGCGAAUCUGUGCCCAGCCUGAACCUGUCGGUUUGGGAGUGGCAAGUGAGGACACAGAUCCUACAGAAGAUCUGGAGUUAAACACCACAGGCUGUGUGUUAGAGCCUCAUUUAGCUGAGCUUGCUGGAAGACAGGCUCAAGCUCUGUUUCAUUACACAGUAAGCGGCGAUGCUAGAAUGCUUCUGGCUCCACAGCGCCCCCUCAUGACCACUCAAGACGAGAAUGGAGACACGGGUUUACAUCUGGGAGUGAUCCAUAGUCAGACAGAUGCCGUGCGAUAUCUAGCACAAGUCAUCUCGGCUCUCCCCGGAGAGGAUGUACUUAACAUGAGGAAUGAUCUUUACCAGACUCCUUUGCACCUAGCAGUGUUGACGCAGCAAAAAGAGGCAGUCGAGGCCUUGUUGGAGGCUAAGGUGGACGUCACGCUCACAGAUCGCCAUGGAAACAUGGCACUUCACCUGGCGGCUCAGCAGAAAGAGGAUAGCGUGCUGCGAUUUCUGAUGAAGCACAAAUCAGUGGCGCAAUUAACCAGCAUCCCCAACACAGCAGGUCUUUGUCCACUUCACCUGGCUGUACAGGCAAACAGUUUGAGUUGUGUGCGGGCCCUGCUGGAUGCCGGGGCAGAUGUGGAGGUCCAGGAGCUCACGUGUGGCCGCACAGCACUUCACCUGGCCACAGAGCUGGGAAACCUUUCCCUCGCCGGGUGCCUGUUGCUGGAGGGUAAUGCAUAUGCAGACAGUGUCACCUAUAACGGUUCAACUCCUCUGCACAUUUCUGCAGGACGGGACUCAACCAAACUGUGCGCGCUCCUGAUGGCUGCAGGAGCAGAUCCUCAUAAAGAAAACUUUGAACCACUGUUCUUCAAAGAUGAUGAGUUGUGUGGUACAUGUGAAGAGGAAGAGGAGGAAGAUGAAGGCUAUAUUCCUGGGACAACCCCUCUGAACAUGGCAACCUCCCCAGAGGUUUAUGAUAUUCUUAAUGGAGAAGAGUAUCAACCCACCACUAUUGUCGUUCCACCACAAGGUGACAUGAAGAGCUUGAGCUCUGACACAAAGCAGGAGUUGUGCCAGGCACUGGAAGAACAGACGGGAGGCUGGGAGAGUCUGGCUCAUGCUCUGGGGCUUGGCAUCCUGACCAGCGCCUUCAGACUCAGCUCCUGCCCUGCUGGAAAGCUGCUGGACAGCUAUGAGGUGUCUGGAGGAACGGUGCGUGAGCUGGUGGAGGGACUGAAGCAUGUUGGGAACAGCAGUGCUGUCUGUUUACUCCAGGCCGUGUGUAAGGAGCCUGAAGCUGUCCACACCACGCCUCAGCUCACAGGUCCAGGGCUCUGUAAGUCCAUUCAGGGUUUGACACUGGGCUCCAAUCAGGAGGAGAGUGGGAUAUGCGACAGCGGGGUGGAGACCUCUUUCUAGAGCCCCAGCCUCAGUCUCGCCGACUCCAAACACAAUCUCACAAACUGAGGCCUGACCCUAAAAACCAGCUUCUCCCUCCUCACUACAGCAGCAGCGCCACUCAGGACACGCCUACCAAACUCUUUGAUUGGCCACCGCCCACUGUGGAUGCUCCACCCAAAAUUGCAAAUGAGGGAACUUUGAGGAGUCCUUAAGCUUUCUGGUCACAGGGAUUUUCUUCUAUUUUUAUUUAUUUUUUUAGCUUUUAAUACGAAUAAUACCAAAAAGCACUUAUUUGAACGUUUUAUUUUGUCCUUUUAUAAGAGCUAUAUUUUCUUGGUCAUUUUUAAUUUCCAAGUGGCUAGUUUCAAUUGAGUGGAAAGAGGAGGUCUGCUGGAUUAUUAUGAGCCUCUGGACCAAUCGGAUCUGUUAUAUGAUGGAAAAAGCUCUUCCCUUUAUAAAAGACCUAUUCUACUGUUAUCCCUCACCCCUUCAGCUGUGAUGAACAGCAUUAUUUGGGGUGGCGCUAGAAUUUAUUUUGGAUUUAGUGGUGCUACCUAUAAUUCCUAUUUUUUUGCUCACGGGUUCUGUCGAAGGGGACAUCGGAUGAUUUUUUUUUUUUUUAGCCUUUUUUGCAUUUAGUUAGGAUUCUGGCAUGUCUGCCAGCUCAGA